GGGUGAGAGAGAGAGAGAGAGAGAGAGAGAGGGACUAGCUCUGUUUCUCAGGUGGAAUCUAACGGAAGCGGAAGUAAGCCCUGGCUUCUGGGAGUCUCAGCUUCCAAUCGUUUCCUCCAUCCAUCUCUCCAUCCAUCCACCUACCUUCCCAAAGGCGUUGUAGGUAACACACCAGGUACCAUGACCCAGUCAAUGAUACGUAGAACCCUUAAAAAUCUCGUCCAGAAUUUCUCUGAGGCCGAGGUCAAGGUGAGAGAGGCGACCUCUAAUGACCCCUGGGGUCCAUCCAGCUCUCAGAUGGCGGACAUCUCAGACCUGACCUAUAACGUGGUGGCAUGCAACGAAAUUCUGGGAAUGUUGUGGAAACGCCUGAACGAUGACAAAAACUGGAGGCAUGUUUACAAGUCUUUAACACUACUAGAGUAUCUGCUGAAAACCGGUUCUGACCGCAUUCCCAAGCAGAGUCAGGACAACAUUCACCUCAUUAAACCUCUGGUCGAGUAUCGCUUCACAGACAAGGACGGGAAAGACCAGGGUGUGAACGUCAGGGAGAAAGCCAAGAUAGUGAUGUUACUCAUCCAAGACGAAGAGAAACGUAAAGAAGAGAGAGAGUUUGCCAUGAAGACUAAGACCAAACUGGCAACUGCCUCUUCAGAAGCCAGUGAGAAGCCAAAGACAGAGAUUCCCCCGUAUACCGGUUUGCCAUCAUUGGACAACAUCCCCUCAGUGGCAGAUCUGACAGCCAGCUUGGCAAAGAAGAAGGAAGAGAGGAGGAUACUCGAGGAAAAAAAGAAAGAAGAAGAGAGGCGUGCGAAGGAAGGUGACACCGAGCCUGACUUGUGGGAACAAGCAGCAUCAGCAGCACCUCCGUCCAGCUCAGAUCCCUGGGGAGCACCGGCUGAUGCUCCGAAAGCAGACGGUCCCGCAGCGAACGACCCUUGGGGAUCACCAACAAAUGACUCCCCAGAUUCAAAUACAGGUUCCAGCGAUCCUUGGGGCGAGUCAGGGGAUAAAGUGAAAGAUGCUGACAUUCCUUCCAACGAUCUGUGGGGUGCUUUGCCAGAUGAGAAGACAUCACCUCCUGCCCAAAACUGUCCAUGGGGUGAUUCAGCGGCGCCUACAGAAGACAAAGGUCUGGCUAUUGAUGACCCCUGGGGUACUUCAAAUGACUCGGUAGCAAACUCACAGCCAGCAAAGAUAGAUCCUUGGGGUGCUCCAGUGGAUUCUGUUGAAGAGUCGGCUCCUGCUGCGUCAGACCCCUGGGAGACCACUUCAGAGCUGCCGCUGGGCAAGUCGGAUCCAUGGGGUGGAGAUAACGGAGCUUCAGCGGCGUCAACCAGUGAUCCGUUUAGUGAAGGGCCCAAAGCUGAUAAGGACCCAUGGGGCACAGCAGUCUCUUCAACACUUCCAUCUAAUGACCCCUGGGGGGCUCCAGCGACUCCCACUGUCGCUGCAGUAAACUCGGACCCCUUCGGUGACGGAGGACACGUCGAUGCCUGGGGAGCUGCUGCAGGGAGUGACGUUUCCUCGUCCGUGUCCACCGAAAGCUCCAAAAAGCCGGCAAGUUUCCUGGGGGACGGAGCGUCGCUGGUGGAUCUCGACUCUCUCAUGUAGACUUCACUUCCCUGAGGCUCUACUCCGGGCCAUUCAGAUUAGAUCAUGUUUUGUGGCUAGAUGUUAUCACUGUUUAGCUGUUCUCCUCUCCCCUUGUUCAUCAGCACUUCCUUCAUCCUUCAUUUCUCCCCUUUCUGUUUGUGUUCGUUUCGCAUAUUGUUUACCUGCACGUUCUCUUUGCUUUGUACUAAACCAGUGAUCCAGGAUUGCAGCACAUCACAUGACAAUAUUGUGAUGGUUUGAACUUCUCCUGCAUGCCUAAACCCACCUGUAGCACCUCCAGCUUCAGAAACCACCUCGUUUUGUUUGCUUUGGGAUGUAAAGGGUGGUACAGCUCAGCACUGUGGGACGCCUUAACAAGGAAAUAGCAGUUUACCACCCAGAGAGUUCUUUAGGAUCGGCGGUUAGAUUCGGACACCGGAACAAGUGAAAUCUACUAUUUUGGAGAUUCAUUUGUUUAUGUUUUUCAUCCAUAGACCUCUAUCUACCUUCCACACAUGUCCUUGCUAAAUACCGGCUGAGCCAUACGUAUAUGUGUCAAUAUUUAAAAUCCAUAAGCAUACGCAGUACAAUGUUUUCUGUGUAGCCUUUUCAUGGAGACUCGGUUUAUCCUUGUUCGGUCUUUUUUCAUCUACUGUUCUGUUCUGCCAUUAAUGACAUAUCUAACCAGUUAUAAAUAUUGUUUUUUUUAUAUAUGGAUUCAGUUUUAGAAUAGAGUCUUUUGGGCUAAUUGGGACACACACACCUAAAGCUGUUCCCUGACUCACUUUCACAACGUGCAGGUAGACACUGUUUACUACCUGCUUCAGAGCCGCAGAUAAAAUCUGAACAGUGGAUUUCUGUCAUUUCCGCUUAGUGGAGGUUAGUGUAGAGAAUUAGUGGGAAAUGCAUCGCUGUGUGGUUUAUACACAUUUUCGUAUCUUCUCUCACCUGCAAAUCCUCAACAAGUCCAGUGUAAAACUGGGACAGUGAUGUUCAAGGUCAGCUCAGUGUUCAUCGACCUUUGUGCGAUGUCCUAGAUCCAAAUCCUUGAGAUGAACAAGUAUGUUACAGCGCAACAAAAAAAAAAAAAACAUGAAGAAAAAGGUCACUGUUUCUACACUACAUAAAGGAACAGACAGGAAGAACGGUUCAAAAAACAUCUUUUCUUUCAGUUGUGUAUUUAUAUUGAUAUAUAUAUUCUUUAAAAUUCCUUUUUUAUAUAUGCACCCUAUUAAAAUGCACCGCUCAACUGGUGUUGCUAAAGAAAGUCUCAAAACCUGAUGUUGGCUGCAGAUGCUUUAUAUAUCGUUAUACUUUAUCAUUAGAGCUGCAGAGUAACACUGAUUAAAAAUAUAUAUAUAAUCUGUGCAGUAAUCCGUGUCUCUUAGUGGGGAAAAAAAAAACAAAGACUCGUGGCUCAGGCUGCUUAAUGAGACCAGAUUUGUCUUCAGUUUAUUUCUUUAGCAGCUGAAGGAGAGCUGACGUCAGAGAUGGCUUCAGCUCUUAAUGGGCCAUUAAUUCAGCAACAAUUCACCUGUUUCUGUUGCACAAGAUGCCUCCUGUCCUGUGUAGGUUCCUCUAGCCAGAGUGCAGCUUACAGCAGACUGUAUGGAGGUAUAGAGUUAAAUACAGCUCAUAAAGUCAUGUUGUCUUCAAGACUAUCUAUCUGUCUGUCUAUCUAUCUAUCUAUCUAUCUAUCUAUCUAUCUAUCUAUCUAUCUAUAUGUAUUUAUUUAUUUAUUUAUUUAAAAUAAGGCAUUUCAUUUCACUCUUCUAAAACGAGUGCUCUGCUGUAAAUAGAAGUGGUAUUUUGGACAGUAAAUGAAUAUAUUUAUUCUAUUCUGAGUGUUGUUUCUCGUGAAUGUGUACACUGGAAGAAUAAAAUAAACGAAAGCUGUGAA